AUGACUAUGGAUACUGAACAAGCUGUCCAAUAUUUGGACAGAUUGAUUGGUCGACAGUUGAGAAUUCACACGACUGACAGCCGCAUGUUUGUUGGCAUCUUCAAAUGUACUGAUGCGCACGAGAUCACGUAUCAAGACCACGGGCUGACUGGGGCUAUUCUACAGGAACGAAACGUAAUACUUGCCAACUCCUUCGAAUACCGCCUUCCUACACCCUCCGCCGUACAAGCAGCCGCCGACUCGUGGGAGAAGAACUCCGGGGCCCAGAGCGCCACCAUCAAAGUCAACAUGACCCAUCGGCUUAUUGGACUCAUCGUCGUGCCAGGUCGUCAUAUUACGAAGAUUGAGCUGGAAUAG